AUGAUCGAAAUGCUGAAAAAUAACGAGCUUGGGUUUUCUUUAAACGAUGGUCCAGUAUCAACAAAUAGCACACCACUCUUCUACCACUUUGACCAGUACUACCAAUUUUUCAAAGUUGGAGAUCCCGGAUAUUAUGCAUUUGCGCUUGUUUCAACGCAUUCAUCAAUGUUGUGGUUCCCUCAUGUGAACUGCAGCUCAUACGCCUGCGAGCAUAGUUCAAAGUUUGAUCCAAUCGAGUCCAACAGCUUGGUUUUGUCAAAUGAGAGAUUCAAGUCGAUAGACAUGGCGGCGAAUGCUACUGGCAUUCUUGCAACUGACAAUGUUGAGGUUAACUUCUAUUUUUGCUGCUCACAACACAGAACGCUCAUUUGAUC